CUCAUCAUAAAAUACUCAGAUUGAAAAAACCUUUGAUCAUGCUUUGGCCAGUUCCAGCCCUGCUGUGGAUACAAGUGGACCAAUGACUUUGAGUUCUAAUUUUGUCCCAACUUCUCAGGCAUCUCAACCAUCUGUGACUCAGACACUGAAUGAAUCCUUGGAUGAGGAAGUUAUUUUCCUUGGUGAUGAUGAAAACAUUUCCUUUGAUCCUCUCUGCGACACACUGAUAUAUCUGCCUCGUAGUCCCGAGCAGCAGGAGUCACAUGAUUUUUUCAAUGCACCAGAAAUGGAGAAUCCAGAUUCUGACACUUUGCCCACCAACUGUGGAUAUGAUAAUCAUCUUGAGAGUGAGUCCACAGUACUUGACCUCCUGAAUCAGGAAACAAGUUCCAACCACUCCUCAGCAUCCUGCUUGUCUGCAAAUCAUUAUGACAGCUUCUUUGACAAUCCAGAGAACAGCGUUGAGACCAUUACUAUUCGGGGAUACAUUGUAUGUCACACAUGAUUCAGGUAUUUUCAGAUGAGAAUAUACUCGAUGACAACCUUGAAUUCAGACGUGUCCUGCAAAAUGGUGAAUUAGAGACUGGGAUUGGAAGUGGGCUUUUGAUGGACUGUCUUACUGAUUUCUGGAAUAAUUUCUAUGCAUCCACAACCUCAGGAACCACAUACAAGAUCCCCAAUUUACAUCAUGCUUCUCAAGAAGAGGAAUGGAAAGCUGUGGCCCGCAUUGUGGCCUUUGGAUGGCGAAGAUUUAAAUACCUGCCUAUUCAGCUUGCGCCUGCAUUUCUUUACGAAGCCCUUUCAGUUCCUUCAUCAACCUGCAGCCUGAUGGAGACAUUUUUCAACUAUAUCAGCCCGACCGAGAAAGAUGCACUUUCCGAGGCUUUGAAUGAUUUCAGGAGUGCUGAUAUGGAAGAGCUUCUCACCAUUCUCAGCAGUCACAACUGCACCAUUGCACCAAUGGAACAAAACUUACUAAGAUUGUUUGAAGAAAUUGCUCACAAGGAGUUAGUCCAGGAACCAUCAUUUAUACUAAAGUGCUGGAAACCAGUCCUGAAAAGCAUUGGAGAGUCACUGAGUGAUGGAGUGCUGGACAAGAUCCUGGCUGAUCUUCAACCAAAGGCAAGAAAUGUCACAAAGCACAUUCAGUUUCCAAAGACAAUGUCACCAGCGGAGAGCACCACGUCUCAUCAUCUUCUCAGGUUUGUCAGAGAACUUGACCAGAGAGAACUUGGGCUGUUCCUUUGGUUCUUCACUGGGUGCGACCUUUUUCUGUGUAAAACUCUCAAAGUGUCAUUCACAGACAACAUGAUGACCGAAAUCUCCAGACGACCUGUGGCCCACACACGUACUUGUGUCCUGGAACUUGCAACCAACUACAGCACUUUUUCAGAUUUCAGGUCAGAGUUUCUGUCUGUGUUGCAAAGUGGAAUAUGGGUGAUGGAUAUGGUCUAGUGUAUGUGACAUAGUGAAGACCCAAAAAAUGGCCAAGUCUCAUUUCUACAUGUGAAAUAAGCUUUUAAUAUGAUAUGUCAAACCCCCAAACAACAAUAAUCACUAGGUGUCAGUAGCCUAUUCAUUUACAAUACUGGUUCGAAAGACCACGAUAUGUUAUGCUCUGUCCAAACUUUACAGCAGUGGCCAAGUAUUUCAAAGACUGCAAUAUGUUGGGACGCCAAACUUGACCAGAAAUAUUUCAGUCAGUUUCGGCCUGCUCAGCACAGCAGGCCCUUCAAGGCAUGACCCGGAGUCAUGUUGUCUGCGAAUACUGUCCCCCGUCAUGAAGGAAACAUGACCCCCGCCAUGGUGGAGACGCAGCAGACUUUGAAGCUCUCUAGAACAAAGAGAGAAACUUCUUCCUCUCAGCAGGAGGCCACCGCCAUCUUGUCCCCCAGAACCUCAAGAUGGCUGCCCAUGUCCUCCACCAUGUGCUCAGAACAAAGAAACCCUCACGUAAUGGCCGCUCAUCUCUCCUCACACCGCAAGAAAACCAGAUAAGGGUGCAAUACCACCGCCAACCUCACGAGGGUGCUCGUGAGGCCCCUCCCCAGAGCAGAGGCUGGAGGACCCAGAUCACCGUCUGAUUGGCCAAGCAGGCCCUGCGGGCGGGAGCUCCGCCUGCCAGUCACAGAGACGUCACGAGACCCGCCAUCUUCAGUUCAGCUUGAGUUUCUGUCUAGGUAGGACGUGCGCAGCGCGUCUCUCCCACGGACCAAACCCGGUACCGAACUGACCCCGCUGGCCGGGACGUCCGGGACCAACUCCCCUCCUUCACCGGUGAAUCCCUUUUCCCAGCGGAGCAGAACGGCAGGGACUCCCCUGGACCGGACUGAAGACACCAGCGGAACCACACCGCUACGGCUCAGAGCUCCUCCGUUCUCCUCCCCCCCGCAGCCGACCAAGAACGAACUGAGGGCCCGGACCAGAGAACCGGAUCCCUCUUUCCCUCCACGUGGACCCCUCCAAGAGCCCGAGGUUCUGUUGGACGCAACAGAACCCGAUCGAGAUCAGAGCGACGGCUUUGAUCUCCCCGCCGAACACCUCAUCAGCCACAGGACACACGCAGAGCAGCUGAGAGCUACUAAAUCCUCCAUCACACAGAGGUGAGCCUUGGGCAGGCUUAUGGUGCGUUCACACCGGACGCGAAUAGCGCGGCGAGAGUGGCCGCUUUACAUAGAAAAUAUAUGGUUUUCACGCGGCCAGAAAGCGGCGAGCGGUCACGCGGCGCGAAUUCAGCGAAUUGAGCGGUGGCCGCUCCCGUGCGAAUCGCUCUACUCACGCCGCUCAAAGUUGGGAAAGUUGAACUUUUGAGCGAAUUCGCGAGUGGCAAACCAAUCGCAGACCCGCUCUAUACGACGUUGUUUAUGACGGACCGGAGCCCCCGCGAAACACCAGAAAUGGAUGAGAAACUGAUAACAGCGGUCUGCGCUCGCCCUGAGCUUUACGACCCUUCGUCGUAUUUUUAUCUCGUAUUUUUAUCGGGACAGGAAUAAAAAGGAGCUUGCUUGGGGGAAGAUUAGCGAGGAGGUCGGGUCCCCGGGUAAGUUUUGCUCACUUUUUACGUGAGUGUGCCUUGUAAAUAUGUGUAGCUACUCAAAUCUGGUUAGCACAAUGUUAUCUACAAUGCUACUGCUCGUUCUCCGUUCACUAGUCAAUGUGUGUUUAUUCAGCUGAAGUCUGCAAAAAGCGGUGGAAAAACCUGAGGGACACGUACACCAAAGAGAGCAGGAAGGAGAAAGACAGGAGGAGAAGCGGUGCAACAGCAGAGUCAGCACAGAGGUGGAAGUACCUUGCUGUCCUGUCUUUCCUCGAGCCCUUCAUCACCCCCCGGGAAACAUCGGGCAACAUGUCCCAGGGAGGGGCCGAGGGGGAUCAGGCAGCAGGGUUCAGCCCAGAGCCGGAGGAAGACGCAGCAGGGCUGUUAGGUGCAGGUCGGUGGUAAUGACAAGGAAAAAGAGCAUAUUUGAAAUGGUAGAGAAAAAAAAAAAUGCUUUGUCUGCCCAGUUUGCUGUCUUUUUUAAUAAUAAUUGUCAGAAUUGUCAUUAUUUCUGUCAUUAUUAUUAUUUUUGUUAUUAUUUUUAAUUCAUUAUUGAUGAUAGUAGUAGUAUAGCAGUAAUUUUAGUAAUUAAGUAUAGAAGUGCACAUUGCAUGUGGCAUGAAAUCAUUUUAACUUUUGUCAUGAGAGAAUCAGACAUUGAGCCUGACACCCUGCCUGGCCCAGAGUCCCCCGCUGCUGCUUCUGCUUCUCUGUGCUGGAUGACCCUGCUGCUGCAGCUGCAGGCCCACCUAAGAAGAGGCAAAGAAGGAGGCCCCAGUUCUCUCCAGGGCUGUCCGAGUAUGAAUGCCAGAUCAUGGAGGAACUGAGGGCCAGCAGGGAGGCGCGAUUGUCUGGUCCAACAACACCUGAUGACCACUUCCUGCUUUCUUUGGGGCCUCUCCUGCAAAAAGUGCCACCUCAUCUCAUAGAUUUUUUCAAAUUUCAAAUUCACAAAAUACUUUACGAGAACAGCACUAUAACGCUGAAUUUGGAACAAUCGGAGCCUUCAGAGUAAUUUUUUACUAAACGAGGUGACAUCUUUUGUAGGAGAGGAAAGACUUCUUUAUGUGUCCCUCAUUUUUUCCACCGCACCUCCUCCAAGCAAGCUCCUUUUCAUUCCU